AUGGCAAGUAAGCGUCUUUCUAACUACCAGAUUCUUGAGCGUAUAUUAGAAGACGACGAAGAAAGCAUCAUAGAUAGUCCCGAUGAAGAUGAGGGAGACGAUGAAGUGAUCCAGAGUGACCACAACUCAGAAUCUGAAGAAAGUGCCCAUGAAACCGAGUUAGAAUGGAGUGAUGACGAUAAUGAACCGCUGAGUAGACACGCAAGUAAAGAUUCUGAUAGCUUUUAUUUAUCAAAAAAGAAAUGCACAAAGUGGGCAAAAGAGCCGCCGCGUACUAGCGUUCGAGUUCGUAGACACAAUAUUAUGAGGGAAACACCAGGACCUAAGGGAGCAGCCAAGGAGAUACAUACAAUGUCAGAAGCAUUCUUUUGUAUGUUUUCAAUGGAUACUGUCAAUUUAGUACUGCAACAGACCAACGAUUACAUAAAAUCGAUACAAGGAAAAUUUCAACGCGAACGUGAUUGCAAAUUCCUAGAAUACGAAGAACUUUUGGCUUACCUAGGUACUUCCUCACCUUAUUAUUCAACAACAAAGAAGAGCUUGGAACUCGUAGCUCUCGUUCCGAAGCCGGGAGCAAAAUUGGAUUUGGGCGAAAGUGAAUCAUCUCAUGAUGAAUUUCAAUACUACAACCGCCCAAAGCACUCCGACAGCAGUACACCACCUCCAUCACUUUCAUCUUCAGUAGGAAACAAGUGA